AUGGGCGGCAGAGUGGGAUCCGCGCCGUCGCUGACGAAAAACGCGUCGUUUAGCGGCGCGGGUGGGGGGCGGGCGAGCGAGGGCGAGUUCGGCACUGUAGGGGGUGUGCUUAUAGAGAAUCUGGUGGUGGAUCUUAAAGGCGUGGAGCGGCUCGACCCGUCGUGGAUCGUCCUGCCGAAAUCCAGCAGCGGCGCGCAGAGCAAAGGCGAGAGGGUGAUUCUGGAGUCACAGCUCACAUCACUUGUCACCAACGUGGCCAUCCAACCCGGCACCAGCAAGACCUACGCCAUAAGAGCGCAGCUGCCGCGGGUGCUGCCCCCUUCCUACCGGGGCACAGCCGUGCGUUUUCACUACCAGCUCACUGUGAUCCUAGGGGGGGAAGUGGGGGGAGGAGGGGCGGGGAAGGGCGAGGUGAGCAGGGGGCAAGGGGGCAGCGCGAAUACCACUCCGUUGAAGGGGAGAGGGGGAGCGGAGGAGGGGAGAGGGGGAGCAACGGCUGGUUUGGGGAAGGGGAAAGGGGGGAAGGGCGGACAGGGUGGUGCCACGUCUGUUGUGGAGGUGCGAGUGCCGCUGCGCAUCUGGACGCUGCCCAACCUGAGUGGGCUCACAGUGGAGGAACUGGACUCAGACGAUCACUACGGCGUGGGAGUGGGCUCACUCACAGUGGAGGAGCUGGACUCAGAUGAUCACUACAGCUUGAGCUGGCCCUCACUCCACCAACCCCUCCUUCCAUCGCUUACCACUCCUUCCCUCACUCCUUCUCCCCCUCUUUACUCCUUCACUCCCUCCCUCACUCCCUCCCUCACUCACUCCCUCACUCUGCUCCCUCAUUCCCUCCGUCACUCCCUCCCUCACUCCCUCCUUCACUCCCACCCUCACUCCCUCCCUCACUCCCUCCCUCACUCCCUCCCUCACUCCCUUCUUCACUCCCGCCCUCACUCCCUCCCUCACUCUCUCCCGCACACUCACAAUCCGCACAGGCAUAGUGCCGACAGCGCCAGUAGAGGUGGAUAUUCAGUGGAGGGAGAGGAAGUCCCGGGCGGCACUCAUGGUAGGCUGGGCGGCACUCAUGGUAGGCUGGGCGGCACUCAUGGUAGGCUGGGCGGCACUCAUGGUAGGCUGGGCGGCACUCAUGGUAGGCUGGGCGGCACUCAUGGUAGGCUGGGCGGCACCCAUAGUAAGCUGGGCGGCGCGCAUGUACCAGCAGACGUGACAUGCAAGCAGCUGCAGCCGCUGCUGCUGACCUCCGUCCUUCCUCUCCCCCCCCACUGCCCCCCUACUUCCACCCUCCUUCAGGCCCCCCCACCACCGCCGGAACCACCAGCAGCAGAGGAGGACGAGGAGGACACAACCGCUGCAGCUGGCGCUGCUGAGAGCACCGGGGCAGUGGGAGGGGCGGCAGGGCGGCGCACAGGCAGCCCUGUGGCGGCCACUGCUACCGUCACAGAGGUCGGCGAAGGGGAGGUGGUAUCUGGUGCAGGCGGGCCUGGCCUGGCGGAGGGCGCACUUGCAGCAGCCACCAGUUCUGACACUGCUGCUGGCGGUGCUGUUGGGUCUGACGGCCUGCAGAGCCCGCACCUGACCCGCCUGUGGUCCGCCCCUCUCCCCACAGAGGAGGGUAGUCUUGCCGGGGGGACCCAGCAGGCGGGGGCCAACGAGCCCAUCGGGCGGUCCAAGUCCAUGACUGCUGGCAAGCAGUUCUCAGAGAAUGGCGGAGGGGGAGGCAGCUCUGAGUCCCUUUCUUCCUCUGCUGCUGACGGCCGGGGGGGCGGGGGAGGGGGAGGGGGAGCGGGAGGGGCAGGGGGGGCGGGAGCCGCAGGGGGAGGGGCAUGGGCGCGGUCAUCGUCGCUGCUGGAUUUGGAGCCGGACAGCCCCACGCUGUCUGAGCUGGGGGGGCAGGCGGGGGGAGGGCUGUUGUUUGGCGCGUAUGGAGGGGCGGGGAAUGGGUAUGAGGGGGAGAGAGGGGGCGACGGGGGGAGGGGAGGGGCGCUGUCGCUGCUGAACCGGCAGGAGGAGGAUGAGGGGCCGUUUAUCCCACGCUCGCCAGGGGUGAGAGGGCGAACAUACAACAUCCGCAUAGACGACCAUGUGCUCGUGCGCUUCACUCCCAGGAACCCGCAGCCGGUCUACUACCUGGGAGACGUGGUGUCUGGCACUCUCUCCUUCCCUAUUGAGGACGGCCCACGCAGAUGUCUCGAGGUGUCAGUUCUACUGGAAAUGCAUGAGGUGAUCAACCCCCGCGCCCUGCACACGUCCAGGAGAGUUGCUGCUGCUGCUUCUGCCGCCAAGACCCCCCUGCACUUACCAGUAUUGCAGAUGGAGCAUCACGAGGUGACAGCGGAUCUGCUCCACACGCACUUCAUCUUCACCAUCCCCUCCGACGCCGCCGCCUCCUUCGCCACGCCCAUCAUCUCACUGCAGUGGAUUCUUCGGUUUGAGUUCUGUGCGUCCACCAGGCGACCAGCACCACCCGGCAACACCCCUGGCAGCGCGGGCAAGGGCAGGCAGCAGCAGCAACAACCCCCACGGCAGCAGAUGCAUGAGAGGCCGCAUGCGCUAGCCAUGGGGGCGGAGACGGAGAGGGGCGAGUGGUCCAUGCCCAUCACCGUGCACGCCCCGCUGCCCAAAGUAACACCCAUCAGCAACCGGGACAAGGCAGUCAUGCCGCCUGUGCUCCAACAACAGUCUGCCAUGCUGAGUGCUGCUGCUGCUGGCCGUGGCAUGGCUGGUGCACCUGUCCCUCCUUCCGCACCUCUGCCCCCUGCUGCUGUGCCGUGA